AUCAAGUAAAUCUCGCAUUCGACGAGCACCGGCGAGACUUCAUAAAGAUAUUUCUGUGGCUGUGAAGGAAAGUUAUUUUCAAGUUCAAGAUGGAUCAAGAAAAAGGAAUGUCAAUUUUUAAAGAUGUUUUUAGAAGGGCUGAUAAAAACGAUGAUGGAGCCAUAUCAUGGGAGGAAUUUGUUGCAUUUUUUUCUGACGGAGUCAUGGGGAAAGAGGAAUUGGAAUCCCUCUUCAAAGAAAUUGACACACACAACACCAAUAACAUAGACACUGGAGAGCUGCACGAUUACUUCUGCAAACAUCUGGGCCAGUUCAAGGAGCUUUAUGAUCUAGUGGAGGAGUUUAAUACUAAACUGACCAACGUCCUAGUGUCUACAUCACAGACCUACCCAACUGCUGGAAGGAAGGACAAGUUCAUUACACGAUUCCUGGUUCGGGAAAUGUGGAACCAGAUGACAGCUGUACAACUCCCAUUGGAAUCAGCCUCCGAAUCUCUGGAUGAGCAGGCUAAACAGGAAAGAGAGGAUAUUACGCCAGUACAAUUAUCCGACCUGAAGAAGAAGGAUGGAGAUGAUAUUGUCCCUGGUCGAGUUGGUCGCAGAGCAAAGCGCCAAGCCAGCAAUCAGUCUCAGAGUAGUGUAAAUACAGAUGGACUAAUGACCCCUGUGAACCCUCUGGCCUUGACCUCUCAGGUGGACAGACUGACCACGUUACUCAACAGACUGGAACAUAGUGUAGAUUUAGGAAACUUUGUUGAUGAAGAUCUCAAUGCUUUAGAGAGCGACAAGUUGCUGCUGUUACAACGUGAUAUGAAGGUCAAAGAGGAUUCAAAGGACGUCUUUAGGACAAGUCUACGAGACUACAUAGAGGACACACAGAAGUUACUGCCCUGUCUGAGUAUCAGUGUACAGUUCUGUACUGACUCAGGAGUAUUCACUGUGUAUGAAGUGUGGCGGUCUGCUGAAGAUCAGGCAUGUUACAGUGAAGAUCCUGCCAAGUCUUUUACUGAACGUUUCAAGGAUUUCUUAGACACUGAGGUGCCUAUGCGAAAAGUGGACUUUCCUAGUAAAUGGUGGAAGAGAGACUAAGCAGUGGGAAAGGCAGGAUGACAAAAUGUCGUAUUUCUAUCAUUGGAGAUGGCCAGCUUCAAUACGAAAGAGUUAAAUGCGAGAAAAUUCUACUAGUAAAGCAGAUGUUGAAGCUGAAAGAGAGUUACCUCAAUUCUAAUUCUUUUAAAGAUAUUGCAGUUGUUUACGACUAUUGUUAUUUUAUUAACAAAACUGUUUCUGAAUCUC